GUAUAGUGACAUUUAUGUCUAGUGAUUUUUUGUAACAACAAAUUAAAGGUCACAUAUUUUUCCUAGUUGUCACACUUUUUAUGUAAUCACACUCAUAUUCGAUAUUUAUUGUUUUUCUGUAUCAAUGGUAAAGAAACGAAUACUUUUGUUUGGUUAUAUAUAACACUUCUUCACUACCGCGCUUCUUAAAAUAUAAGCGUUGUAUCCGCCGUCUAUUCUUCUGCUUUAACGGCCACGGCCUUUGAUUGAAGAUUAUAAUAGUAUUAUAACAUCUUUUUAGACCAUUCCACACUACGUUGGUGUUUUGGCCCGGAUCAUUACUGAAUAAUACUACUGGAUCUAAUCUUCUCCAUUUUGCUGUUGGUGCCAUCACGUGCAGAGGAAUCUUUGUUAACCAAGUGAACUUAUUUGUGGUUGUUAUCUCAGAAAGCAGCUUACAAGUAACAUUCAUUUCAUAACACUGUUACCAUUUUGUUGCUCAAUAUACCUUUUUAUAAUUUAACUGUAAUUUGUUACCUUUUGCGUUAAUCAUAGACACACGCUUAGGUUCGUAGUGUUAAUUCUUUUGGUAUAUUGUUGGUAACGUUGCGAAUUGUUAUAUUUCAACUAAGCUCUUUUGCUGAGGUCCACCACAAAUCUGGUGAGCCCUUAUAUUUCUGUUUGGAACUGUAAUUUUGAGUUCACUUAUAAACAUUGCGGCGCUGAUUUUUCUCUUGGUAGUGAUUAUUUUUUGUAUAUUUGUAAUGUUUUCAUCCGAGUCUGAAGACAUCAGCCAGGACAACGACCGAACAGAGUUACACGCUUUAAACGUAAUAAAUGUACCUCCAUUCAGUAGAGUAAACCCUCGUAUAUGGUUUGCACAGGUGGAAGUGCAGUUUCAGCGUCGUAACAUUCGUUCACAACAAUCGAAAUACUCCUUUGUGCUUGGAAUUCUACCAACUUAGGUAGCAUCUGAGGUAUCAGACCUCAUAGACAACGUCCCUGUAUCAAAUGCCUACGACCAGUUGAAGCAGGCUAUUAUUCAACGUACCUCACUCUCGGAUGAAAAGAAGCUACAACAAUUGCUACAUGAGUGCGAGCUAGGUGACAAGUCACCUUCCCAAUUAUUACGCCACAUGAGGCAGUUGGCUGAACCUUUUAAGGUUGGUGAUAUAUUUCUGAGAGAAAUUUGGCUACAACGUUUACCAACAGUAGUCCGGCAAAUUCUCUGCGCUUCUAACCAAUCUUUAGACUUAGAGGUUCUAGCUAGCAUGGCUGAUAAAGUUCUAGAAGUAACGCCAGGCACAACACCCUACGUGCAGGCGAUAUCACAAACUUCGAGUGACACUAAAACUCCGAACAUAGCUUCCUUAACAGCUGAAUUAAGUGAUUUACGUACACAGCACGCACGCACAGUCGCCAGUCUUGAAAACAAGCUAGAUACAUUACAAUCAAUUAUUUCCAAUCUCACAUCUCGAAAGUCUCGCUCUAGUUUUCAGGGGACCAAGAACCGAGAUAACUCAAGAACAAAGAAAAAUGAUGACAUCUGUUGGUACCAUAGAAAGUAUGGUGACCAAGCUAGAAAGUGUGUUACGUCCUGUAAAUUUUUCAGGUCAUUUUCCUCGCCAAAAGAUGUCAACCAGGCAGUAGUACCGACAAAUGUUACAGGUCAUGCUACUAGUCACCUUUUCCACGUUCUCGACAAAACUUCAGGCUACAAAUUCUUAGUAGACACUGGAGCCGAAGUCAGUGUUAUCCCAGUUACGCUAGCCAAGAAACCUAUUUCUAAAUGUGGAAAAUAUUCAUUGAGAGCAGCUAAUAAAACUGAAAUAAAAACAUUUGGAGAACAACUCUUGACAUUAGAUUUGGGAAUUAGACGUCGACUAAACUGGGUGUUUAUUAUUGCUGAUGUCCGUCACCCUAUAUUAGGUGCAGACUUUUUAAGCUCCUAUAACUUAUUAGUCGAUGUUAAAAAACGAAAACUUAUCGAUUCGUGCACAAAACUUCAAGUUCAUGGAAUUCAGUCACACUAUCAUAUACAUAGUAUUAAAAUCGACACUCCAGUAAACGACGUAUUCGCCAAUAUUUUAUCUAAAUUUCCAAAGUUAACGAAACCAGAUUACAGCGAAAACACCAUCCAGCAUUCUGUGGUGCAUCGAAUUAUCACCAAAAACCAACCAGUUUCGGCACGUCCUCGUCGUUUACCACCGGACAAACUUGCAGUUGCAAAGGCCGAAUUUGAGCACAUGAUGCGACUAGGAAUAAUACGUCCGUCGAGUAGCUCCUGGGCAUCCCCACUCCACAUGGUACCUAAGAGGGAUCAGGAUUGGCGACCUUGUGGUGAUUAUCGAUCACUGAAUAACUUAACUUUACCAGAUCGUUACCCCAUUCCCCAUUUACACGAUUUUUCACUUACGUUACACGGUAAACAAAUUUUUUCUAAGAUCGACCUUGUGCGAGCGUACCAUCAAAUUCCAGUAGCAUCUGAAGAUGUAGCGAAAACAGCCAUCAUUACCCCAUUUGGUUUGUUUGAAUUUCUGAGAAUGCCAUUUCGAUUAAAGAACGCCGCACAGACUUUUCAACGAUUUAUGGAUGAAGUCACUAAAGGCCUAGAUUUUGUUUUCGUGUAUAUCGACGAUGUAUUAAUAGCCAGUAGUUCAUUUCACGAACAUAUUGAUCACCUACAUCAACUUUUCGAAAGAUUUCAGAGAUUCGGUAUAGUCAUUAACCCAUCCAAAUGCAUUUUCGGAGUCGAAGGCUUAGAAUUUUUGGGUCACUCGAUUGACAAACAUGGUAUCAAACCCUUAGACGCAAAAAUUGAAGCUAUCAAAAAUUUUCCAGAGCCAGACUCACUAAAUAAACUUCGACGUUUCUUGGGUAUGUUUAAUUUUUAUCGUCGGUUUAUCCCUCACUGCUCAGAUAUUCUACAACCCCUAACGGAGGCAUUAAAAGGCAAAGCCAAAAAGUUCACAUUAUCCUCCGAAGCGAAAGAUGCCUUUACUGCUGCUAAAACAGCGAUUGCUUCUACCACCAUGCUGACCUACCUCAGUCCUGAUCCAGAAGCAACACUAAUUUUGUGUACAGACGCUUCUCAGGCAGCGGUAGGCGCGGUGCUGCAACAAAGAGUAAAUAAUGAAGUCAAGCCACUUGCUUUCUUUUCGAAGAAGCUAGAACCGGCCCAAACCCGAUACAGCACGUUUGGCAGAGAAUUAUUAGCUGUUUAUCUAGCAGUUAAACAUUUUAAACACUUACUACAAGGUAGAGAUUUCGUAAUCUUCACUGAUCACAAACCUUUGACUUACGCUUUCAAUGCCAAAAGUGAUCGUUAUUCUCCUAGAGAAACUCGACAGUUAGAUUACAUUUCUCAAUUUUCUACCAACAUACAGUUCAUAAAAGGUGAGUCAAAUGUUGUGGCAGAUACUUUGUCACGUUUCGACAUUGAUGCUAUUUGCUCCACUAAAGGAAUUGAUUUGUUGGACAUUGCACGCUUACAGCGUGCACGCUUUCAGCAUGUCCACGUUGAUUUAGUUGGUCCUUUACCCCCAUCUAACGGAUUUACUUACAUCUUUACUGCAGUGGACCGUUUUACCAGAUGGCCAAUAGCAUGUCCAAUAAAAGAUAUCUCAGCAGAAAAUAUUGCUGCCGUGUUUCUUGACAGAUGGAUUUCUAAUUUCGGUGUACCUUCUACCGUUACUUCCGACAGAGGUUCACAAUUCCAAUCGCACCUCUUCAACGAAUUUACGCGCAUCUUGGGAAUCCAUCACAUCACUACAACUGCAUACCAUCCAGCAGCAAAUGGACUAGUGGAACGAUUCCACAGACAACUCAAAAGCUCAUUGAUGGUACAGCCUGAUGUAACUAGAUGGAGUGAAUUCCUACCUCUCAUAUUAUUGAGCAUACGCUCGACAAUUAAGGAAGAUCUACAAUGUACACCUGCUCAGCUAGUUUAUGGAACUAAUUUAACCUUACCUGGUCAACUAGUCACGCAUAAAGGCACUUCUGUAUGUACAGACCCCUCCUCCUUUUGCGAAAGACUAAUGAGCCACAUGAAUAGCAUUAAGCCUGUUGCACCUCGACCAGUCUUCUUAAAAGAGCAAAUUAGCAAGCAUCUAAACACAUGUAAAUUUGUGUUUGUCCGUGUCGACUCAGUAAGACGUCCUUUACAACACCCUUAUGAAGGACCUUAUGAAGUAGUAGACAGGCAAGCAAAAUAUUUCACAAUCAAGAAGAAUGGGAAAAAGGAAACAGUUGCAAUUGACAGGUUAAAACCCGCUUUCAUAGAGUCUGAAACACAUAACAGUCGAAAGCCUUCUAAAGACAACAACUGCACAACACAGCUUCCUGCGUUUCCAGCUAAUUCUUCACCUACUUCUGUGAAAUCGCCAACUCAAACAAUGUGUGAUGCUAAUGUUAUGGCUCCUACAAACUUAGUUCCUAAUUCCACUACCUUACCUAUUUCAAAAACCACUCGUACAGGAAGACAGGUACAUAUUCCUAAACGUUAUGCUGAAUUCAUUACUAAAUCUUCCUUCGAUCAUAUUCUGUAAUGUGAGUAAAUACCCAUAUGCUAAGAGUUACUCAUGACAUAUUUUAACUAUAAGUGUAUGCGUUUUACAUGACGCUCAUUAUUAACUGUAACGUUACCCAACUUAGUUGUAUUUGUUCAUUUUAUAAUUGAUCGUUUACAUUGAUAUAUACAAAUAUUAAAAAUUUUUCCGGUAAUAUAUCAAUUUAAUUAACGUUAUUAUAAAUAACACUAUUAUUUUUAUUAUACGUUCAAUUAUCUUUGUUAAAUAUUUUUAAAUACAUUAAAAAUAAUAAACACAAAAUUUUUUUUUUCUAACCACACAAAAACAUUUUGUUUCAUAAGUAUAUAUACUUAUUAAAAUUUUUUUUGAUAACCUCUAUUUAUUCUUUCCUUUGUUGUGUAAUAAUUUUUUUUCCCUCCAAAGCACUUAGAAUUUACGUCGGGCAUACCACCACCGACGCAUGCCCUAGAGGGGGAGUUAUAUAGUGACAUUUAUGUCUAGUGAUUUUUUGUAACAACAAAUUAAAGGUCACAUAUUUUUCCUAGUUGUCACACUUUUUAUGUAAUCACACUCAUAUUCGAUAUUUAUUGUUUUUCUGUAUCAAUGGUAAAGAAACGAAUACUUUUGUUUGGUUAUAUAUAACACUUCUUCACUACCGCGCUUCUUAAAAUAUAAGCGUUGUAUCCGCCGUCUAUUCUUCUGCUUUAACGGCCACGGCCUUUGAUUGAAGAUUAUAAUAGUAUUAUAACAUCUUUUUAGACCAUUCCACACUACGUUGGUGUUUUGGCCCGGAUCAUUACUGAAUAAUACUACUGGAUCUAAUCUUCUCCAUUUUGCUGUUGGUGCCAUCACGUGCAGAGGAAUCUUUGUUAACCAAGUGAACUUAUUUGUGGUUGUUAUCUCAGAAAGCAGCUUACAAGUAACAUUCAUUUCAUAACACUGUUACCAUUUUGUUGCUCAAUAUACCUUUUUAUAAUUU